CCGCCAUCAGAGCCGUUUGCGCCUACAGGGAGGCUGCGCCACCUGCGACUUGCGAGGUGCGGCACUGACAACUAUGGCAGUUACGGCGCUGGCGGCGCGGUUGCGGCUGGGUGUGUGGGGCGUGAGGGCCACGCAAGCCCAAAGCUUCAGCUCCGGACGGUCAGGGAAUGUCGACUCCGGCGCGGGCUCAAUCCGGGAGGCCGGUGGGGCCUUCGGGAAAAGAGAGCAGGCCGAAGAGGAACGAUACUUCCGAGCACGGACUAAAGAACAGCUGGCAGCUUUGAAGAAACACCAUGAAGACGAGAUCGGUCAUCAUAGAAAAGAGAUUGAGCGUCUGCAGAAAGAAAUUGAACGGCACAAGCAGACUAUCAAGAAACUAAAAGAGCAUGAUGAUGAUUAAGUACACACAGUUCCCCAUUUAAUGGCUAUAUAUCAUUGCCCAUUUCUAUGGAGACAUAGUUCUGGUCUAAUAUCUGCUGCCAACAGACUAUAAUAAAUUAUCAUCAGUGAA